CGCAGGAAAAGUAAGAUGUAUGAUCCUUUCCAUCCAACUGAAGGAGACAAGGAGGGAAGAGUCAUGGGGGAGGCGGGGGAAGGGGAGAAAUAUGACCCUUUUGACCCCACGGGUUCCCCAGCAUCAGAUACUGAUGAUCGGAGUGACAAAGUGAGGGGGGUGAAGAGAGAGGCUGAGAGAGAAGAUGCGAAGGAGAAAGAGAAAGAACCUCCAGAUUCCACCAACAUGUUGACUCAUCAGCCAAGCCCCUGUCUGGUCAGCCAGCUCCCUCUGAGGAGGAGAGUGGAUUGUAGCACGACCAAGGCUGGGGAGCAGAGGAAGAAUGCUGACUCUGAUCACUCUGAGAUAGAGGAGGGGGAGAUAGUUGGGGCUGCUGACAGAGAUGGAAGCAAUAAGAGAACAGCUGGAGAAAUCCUCCCCCUGAAUUCUCCCAACGUCUCCUUCUUUGGUUCAAAGCCAGAUCGCAUCCUCCGGGUGCUGGAUGGGGAUGGCUUUGUGUCUGUGUGCGCAGAGGGUGGCUGGGAGGUGGACAGGGAGCCUGAGGAUGAGCCUGUGGUGGGAGUGGAGGACCUGAGAAGGAAGCUGGUCAGCAGGCGGAAGGAAAGAUAUCUCUCCUUUCCUGCUUCUUCUCCCCUCUCUCCUCAGCCACUGCCUCCUACCUCCCAUCCUUCUACACCCUCUUCCCCUCUCACUCGUCCUGUAGAGCAAGGCAGCAAAAACCGAAAGUCCUCCAAAAGUUCCAAGGACCGAGAACAACAGAAAAGCAAGGAUAGGAAGGCUGGGGAGAAGGAGGAGAGAAGAAAGAAGAGAAAGAAAGAUAAAGAGGGAGGUUGGGAGAAAAGCAAAGAAAGGGAGCGAGGGCACAAAACUGGGAAAGUGGUUAAAGGAAGGAGGAGCAGCAGGAGCAGCAGCCAAAAGAGGAAGAAAAGACAGCACAGCAGCCCAGAGGCCUCACGAUCCUGCAACUCCUCAGGCAGAGGGGGCCAGACAAGACACUCCUUUUCAAGCCUAUCUGAAGAAAGAUGUCGAGAGAGGGAAAGGGAUAAAGACAGGGACAGAACUAGAGAUAGAAACAGAGGUAGAGAGAGAGGAAGAGAGAGAGACAGGGAUAGAGAGAGAGAAAUAAAUUGUACCAGUACCCAUAGAAAAGAUGAAAGAGAUCAAGAUUCCAGCUCUAGAAAGAAGGAGAGGGAAAGGAAAGGAAGACAACACUUAAGCAGCAGAGAGCGGGACAUUUCAAAGAGGUCUAAAAGAAGCAGGGAAAAGAGGGAAGUUGAUAGAGACAGGCAGUGCGAGAGGGAUCGGCGAAGGGACGGUCGUCCUGUUGUCCCACCAUCUAUCCAAGACCUCAAUGGGUCUGACCUCUUUGCCAUCAAGCGAACCAUCACAGUCACCACGACCACAACUACCACCACCGUACCCGGCUCCCCAAGACUCGCCCCGACCUCCCCCUGUAGGCCCACGCAGGACUCUGACAAGCCCCACAAGAGGAAGAAGAAGAGAAAAUGGCACUCAGCCGCAGAGGUGGAGGACAGGGGAAGUUGUCGCAGCCAAUCACAGUCGCCCUCACCUCCCAGGUAUCACAGCUACGAGUCAGACCGCUAUUCAGACAAACUGGAGAUUGACGUAUUGUCUUUGGAUGGUGAGGCUUUGGACUCUGACUACCCAUCUUUGGAGGAUACACCUCCUGCUGCCCUGCCUCCAGAACCACCUGUUCCUAGCCCCAAAACUAAGACUUCCCCCAAGACUGGACGACAUCACCCAAAAAAGAAAUCUCGCGCAUUAAAGAAAAUUGGCCAAUCUGAGUCUUCCUCCUCAUCUUCCAUCAGAACCAAAAGCAAAUGCCUUUCCUCUCUGACGGUCACUUCAGGCUCUGCUUCUGUCUCAUCUGGCCUCCCCUCAGCAAAGCGAGUCAAGAAAGUGGGAAAGGACAAAGAGCGGGACAAAAGCAGUAGAAAGGAUUUGGUUCGCUCUGGCAAGUCAAAAAAA